AUGUGGAAGCGCCUCCUGGAGACCGCCAAGCAGGCCGUCUCCUCCAAGCAGGCUAUCCCCGCCGCAGCCGUCGCUCCCAAGCCCGCGACCCCCGCCGCCGCCGCCCCCUCGGCAUCCAAGCGCGGCACCCCGGCCGCUGCGCCGAAGCUAUCGACCCUGAAGAGUCCCGCUUACAGGCGCCACGCCGCCGCCGGCCCAGAGACCGCCGUCACGCAGGCCUCCCUCCUGCGGCUCAAGCAGGCCGCGGCCUCGAAGAAGACCAACUUGCCGUCCUCCCUCCCACUAGCUCACGCCCACGCCCUAGAUGAGGAUGACCCCCCUGAGGCUCUCACCAAGGCGCUCAUCUCCGUCCUAGAUGCACCUGACGAGACGGAAUGUGCGACCUCCCAGGAAGCGUUAGCGGAGGACUCUGAAGAUGAUGGGGAGGUUGCCACGAGCAAUAAGAUAUUGGACUUUGAGUGGUUCCAGACCCAACCAUCUAGGGACUCGCUGAUGCAUUGGAGGAGGGAUGUGGCGAGGGAGAAGAAGAAACAUUACAUAUUCAAGAAUGUCGAGAGCCGACGCUACACAAAGCUGAUGCGGAUGUGUGCUAAUAGGCUUGGCACGGAGUCGACGAUAGAGUUUUUUGGAAAGCUGGGGCGGGAAACAGGGGUCAAGGAGUUCAAUUCGAUGAUUAAGCUUUGUCUAGAGAAGGCAAAGGCUUGCAGGGAUAUUGACUCUGCUGUGGAGUAUAUCUAUAGGGCGUACCGCCUUUUUGAGACCAUGAAAGAUAAGGGACUCAUGAUUGAGAAAGAUAUUUAUGGCCCAUUCCUCUUGUAUCUUAUCGAUGUGGGGAUGUUUGAAGAAUUUGAGAUGUUCAGUGCAUUCUUUAAGGAAGCGAAUCCAAAGUCCUUCUCUAGAAUAGCUUAUUAUGAGAUGUUGCUUUGUAUUAGAAUUCAAGAUGAAGAAAAAAUUCAAGAACUUUGUCACUCUGUUGAAGACUACAAUGAGGAAGCCCACUAUGACCUAGCAGAGAGUUACAUGCUGGCCUUUGCUGAAAGCGGCAGAAAAGAAGAUCUUGUUGCCCUGUUGGAUUUGCUUGAUCUAUCUAAAGUUUCAGCCUCAAAGUACAUAUAUAAUAUAUUCAAAUCAUUGGGGAGGCUAGAGCUAGAGAACUAUGCCGAGAAACUUCUUCAGGGGAUGAGGUCAAAAGGAUGUGCUGAUCACAACAUUUCAUCCUUGAUUUUGGACUAUACCGCAAAUAUUCCGAACAUAAUGGUUGAAGACAUGCUAGUGGCAUUUCAUAAAUGGCAUGAGAAGUUUGAGGUUGCACCCUCUAUUGCUGCAUACGACAAGAUCGUCUCUAUCUGUUGCAAUUCAUCAAAGAUUGGGUUAGCUCUUGAUGUAGCUGACCGCAUGUGUAAAUCCAGUUCCGAUGUGCCAAUUGAAUCAUUUCACCCAAUCAUACAUGCUUGUGAACAAAGAUGUGAACUUCACAUGGCCCGCCCCAUAUAUGAUCUGAUCUGCCACCACAAUUUGAAAUUAAAAAGCGAAACAUUCAGAAGCAUGAUAAGUUUAUUUGUAAAGUUGAAAGAUUUUGAAGGUGCUUACAAUAUACUCACAGAUGCUGAAGAAUCUGGGGAGAUAUCGACCGUAAGCCUGUAUAAUGCUAUAAUGCUAGGAUAUUAUAGGGAGAAAAACUACAAUGGAGCACAAAUGGUCAUGUCUCAAAUGCAGAUUGCUGGAUUAAAACCAGAUUCUGAGACAUUCAGUUAUUUGAUAGCGAAUUGUGAGUCUGAAGAGAACAUUUCUAAGUACCGUGACCAAUUACGGCAAGAUUUAAUUCCAAUGACCAGACAUAUAUAUGUGGCACUCAUUGUUGCAUACGCAAGACUUGGUAAUUUUGAUAUGGCCAAGCAGGUUCUACUGGAUAAGGAAAUACCACGUAAGUUCCUCAGUGACAUCAAGAGCGCACUUGUAGGAGCACUGGCAUCAAAUGGGCAUGUGUUGGAUGCACUUCGCUUGCAUGAUGAGAUAAAAGAAUCCGGAGGCUCCCUAGAGCCAAAGGCUGCCAUUACCUUGAUUGAACAUAUUCGAACAGAAGGUGAACUGGAUAGAAUGCAUCAACUUCUGGAUGGGCUGAAUGACUCAAACAGCUGGUUUGAGGGGUGUGGCAGAGUACUUUUAUACUGUGUUCAGCACAACUAUACUGAUGUUGCAAUUGAUCUACUUAAGCAGCUCAAGGAGAAAGAUGAAAUGAGUACAUAUAUGGUUGUUGAUCAGGUUUUUUACCAAAUAUGGGACAUGGAGAUCACAAAUUUGGAUCUUGGAAUGGUGUUUCUUGAUGCUGUCAAAGAGCUUGGACUUAAUGUUUCUCGGACAAGCCUUGAUUUUCUUCUCAGCGCAUGUGUAAAAGCAAAGAAUUUGCAACGUGCCCAACAGAUCUGGUCAGAAUAUGAAUCUGCUGGUCUUCCACACAAUGUGCUGACUUCCUUGAGGAUGUAUCAAGCUUUUCUUUCAUCCGGGGGACGUAAGGCAGCUAAGAAGUUGCUGAAAACGAUACCAAAGGAAGAUGACCAUGUGCGCUACAUAACCGAUGCUUGUCAUACGACAUACUACAGUGAGGACACCAAGCCUUCUGCUACAGUUAGGUUAAGUUCUAAAAAAAGAGCUAGGUCAAAACAAAAGGCUACUAACAAGGGAGACUAG